AUGUCUGGCACAACACCUUCAUUAAGCGAUCUGUUUUAUGAUCCAACGUAUAAUCCAGGUCUCAGCAUCAUUGAUUACACUUCUAUAUAUGGAAACGGGACCACUAUCACGUUCGAUGAGUUGCAGGGCUUAGUCAACAGUACGGUUACUCAGGCUAUCAUGUUCGGUGUCAGGUGUGGCGCGGCCGCAUUGACUUUGAUUGUUAUGUGGAUGAUAUCGAGAAGCAAAAAGACACCAAUCUUUAUUAUUAAUCAAGUUUCAUUACUUUUAAUUCUUUUGCAUUCUGCCCUCUAUUUCAAAUAUUUACUCUCUAAUUACUCGUCAGUGACUUAUGCCCUCACUGGGUUUCCUCAAUUCAUCAGCAGAGGCGACGUUCAUGUUUAUGGUGCUACAAAUAUUAUUCAAGUGUUGCUAGUGGCUUCUAUUGAGACCUCAUUAGUGUUUCAGAUCAAGGUUAUCUUCACAGGUGACAAUUUCAAAAAGAUGGGCUUAAUGUUGACAUCAACAUCCUUCACCCUGGGGCUUGCUACAGUAAUCAUGUAUUUCGUGAGUGCUGUUAAGGGCAUGAUUGCAACUUACCAAGAUGUCGGUGCAACUCAAAAUAAAUAUUUCAAUGCGUCCACCAUCCUACUAGCAUCCUCGAUCAACUUCAUGUCAUUUGUCCUGGUAGUUAAAUUGAUUCUGGCCGUAAGAUCGAGAAGGUUCCUUGGUCUUAAGCAAUUUGACAGUUUUCAUAUUUUACUUAUCAUGUCUUGUCAGUCUUUGCUGGUUCCAUCAGUGAUAUUCAUUCUCGCAUACAGUUUGAAACCGAACCAAGGUACAGACGUUUUAACUACCGUUGCCACAUUAUUAGCCGUUUUGUCUUUGCCAUUAUCAUCAAUGUGGGCGACAGCCGCCAACAACGCAUCUAAGACAAAUACUAUCACUUCAGAUUUUACAACUUCAACAGAUAGAUUCUAUCCAGGCGCACCUUCCAGUUUCCGAACUGACAGCAUCAACAAUGAUGCAAAAAGCAGCCUUAGAAGUAGAUUGUAUGACUUAUACCCUAGAAAGAAAGAAUCGAUAUCAGAUAAACAUUCGGAAAAAACUUUUGUGGUUGAGGCUGCUGAUGACAUAGAAAAGAAUCAGUUUUAUCAACUUCCUACACCUACAAGUUCCAAGAAGACAAGGGCAGGGCCCUUUGCUGAUACAAGCUAUAACGAAGUGGAUAGUGAACGUGUCGACAUGUACACUCCCAAUACAGCUGCCGACGAAGAAGCAAGAAGGUUUUGGACUGAAGACAGUGACCGCCUAUGA